UCCCAUUUCCCUCAACGCAUCUCAGCCUGAAAUCGCUUCCUUCCAUUCACUCACUCUGCCACCACCCCCCACCAAACCCUCGUUUUCUUCUUCCUUUUAUCCUUCGUUUCGUGGGGUUCGUUUCCCUGUGUGUGUUGGUAAUUCUUUCGCCAUGAGUGUUACCAUUCUUCCAGAUCUCGGGACUGAGAUUUUCAUUCCGGUAUGUGCCGUUGUCGGAAUCGUCUUCUCUUUGGUGCAGUGGUAUUAUGUUUCGCAGGUUAAGCUCUCGCCUGGCCGAGAUGCCGCUCACAACAACAGCGCCGGUUCUAAGAAUGGCUACUCCGACUACCUCAUCGAGGAGGAAGAGGGCGUCAACGACCAUAACGUUGUGAUUAAGUGUGCCGAAAUUCAGUGUGCCAUUUCUGAGGGAGCAACGUCCUUCCUUUUCACGGAGUACAAGUACGUUGGCAUCUUUAUGGUGCUGUUUGCAGUCUUGAUUUUCGUAUUCCUUGGCUCAGUUGAGAGUUUUAGUACCAAGCCUCAACCGUGCACAUAUGACAAAACAAGGACUUGUAAGCCAGCUUUGGCGACUGCUAUAUUUAGCACUGUAUCAUUUUUACUUGGUGCAGUUACUUCAGUGGUUUCUGGUUUCCUUGGAAUGAAAAUUGCUACAUACGCAAAUGCCAGAACCACCUUGGAGGCAAGAAAAGGUGUUGGAAAGGCAUUUAUUACUGCUUUUAGGUCUGGUGCUGUCAUGGGCUUUCUCCUAGCUGCCAAUGGUCUCUUGGUUUUGUUUAUUGCCAUUAACCUCUUCAAAUUGUACUAUGGUGAUGAUUGGGGUGGUCUUUUUGAGUCUAUCACUGGGUAUGGUCUUGGUGGUUCUUCCAUGGCUCUCUUUGGAAGAGUUGGUGGUGGUAUCUACACCAAAGCUGCCGAUGUUGGUGCUGACCUUGUGGGCAAGGUGGAAAGGAACAUUCCCGAGGAUGAUCCCAGAAACCCAGCUGUGAUUGCUGACAAUGUUGGUGACAAUGUUGGGGAUAUAGCCGGUAUGGGAUCUGAUCUGUUUGGUUCAUAUGCUGAAUCUUCAUGUGCUGCUCUCGUUGUUGCUUCUAUCUCUUCUUUUGGCAACAACCAUGAAUUGACACCAAUGCUCUACCCUCUCAUCAUUAGUUCUAUGGGUAUUCUUGUUUGCCUGAUCACCACCUUAUUUGCAACUGAUUUCUUUGAGAUCAAGGCUGUUAAGGAAAUUGAGCCAGCAUUGAAGAAGCAACUUAUAAUUUCCACUGUUCUAAUGACCUUUGGAAUUGCAAUUGUUACUUGGUUGUCUGUUCCAUCAUCAUUCACCAUUUUCAACUUUGGAACUCAAAAAGUUGUUACGAACUGGAAACUGUUCUUGUGCGUUGCUGUGGGUCUCUGGGCUGGGCUUAUAAUAGGAUUCGUGACAGAGUACUAUACGAGCAAUGCAUACAGCCCUGUGCAAGAUGUUGCUGAUUCUUGCCGAACUGGAGCUGCUACAAAUGUCAUUUUUGGGUUGGCGUUGGGAUACAAAUCUGUCAUUAUCCCUAUUUUUGCAAUUGCGGUCAGUAUUUUUGUGAGUUUCACCUUUGCUGCCAUGUACGGCAUUGCUGUAGCUGCCCUUGGAAUGCUGAGUACCAUAGCUACUGGUUUGGCCAUUGAUGCGUAUGGUCCAAUCAGUGACAAUGCUGGAGGCAUUGCUGAGAUGGCAGGCAUGAGCCACAGAAUUCGGGAGAGAACUGAUGCCCUCGAUGCUGCUGGAAACACCACUGCAGCCAUUGGAAAGGGUUUUGCCAUUGGUUCAGCUGCCCUUGUGUCCCUUGCUCUUUUCGGUGCCUUUGUCAGCCGUGCCGGUGUCACUGCUGUUGACGUCUUGACACCCAAAGUUUUUAUUGGUUUGAUUGUGGGUGCCAUGCUCCCCUACUGGUUUUCUGCCAUGACAAUGAAGAGUGUUGGUAGCGCAGCCCUAAAAAUGGUUGAGGAGGUGCGAAGGCAGUUCAACACUAUCCCAGGUCUCAUGGAGGGUACUGCCAAGCCCGACUACGCUACAUGUGUCAAGAUCUCAACUGAUGCUUCUAUCAAGGAGAUGAUCCCACCUGGUGCUCUUGUCAUGUUGACACCACUAAUUGUUGGUAUCCUUUUCGGAGUUGAAACUCUUUCUGGUGUCCUUGCUGGGUCCCUUGUUUCUGGUGUGCAGAUUGCCAUUUCUGCAUCUAACACCGGAGGUGCCUGGGAUAACGCUAAGAAGUACAUCGAGGCUGGUGCCUCUGAGCACGCAAGAACCCUUGGCCCGAAAGGAUCAGACCCACACAAAGCCGCUGUUAUCGGUGACACGAUCGGAGACCCGCUGAAGGAUACAUCCGGACCAUCUUUGAACAUUCUGAUCAAGUUGAUGGCUGUCGAGUCCCUUGUGUUUGCUCCUUUCUUCGCCAGUCACGGUGGUCUUCUCUUCAAGAUCUUCUGAAAAGAAGAACACGAGUAAUGGGGGAAUGGCUGGGGCAUUGCAUUAUCUAUCUCUGGCCCUCCUCCUCCAUUGACAUAACUACCGCGCCUCUUCUCCGAAAUUUUCAUUGCUUUUUUAGACUCCAUAUUAUAUGCUCCUCAAGUCUGUAGCUUUUGAUUCCCUUUGAGAAACGUGUAGUUUCAAAUGGACGAGCGUUUUAUCUUCUCAUCGGUUGAUGAUGAGAAGAUGAUGAAGAAAAAAAAGAAGAUAUUUGGUUAAAUCUUGUGAAAUGAGACUGCGACCUUAUUCUCUUUUUCCCAAUUGAGAACAGGCUAUUAUUGUUGUUCC